AUGGGUGAAGUAUCCUUCGAAACGUCAGCUUAUGCAAAAAUAAUUCUUCACGCUGCUAAAUAUCCGCAAUGUGCUGUAAAUGGAGUUCUUUUAGUAGACGGUACAAAAGUCAGAGAUAGUGCUAAAACCCAAGAUUUAGAUAUUGUAGAUACAGUGCCCUUAUUUCAUCAUAGUCACUAUUUAUCGCCUAUGGCGGAAGUAGCGUUGACUCAGAUUGAUACAGUAGCUCAAGCUGACAACAGAGUUAUAGCAGGCUAUUAUGCUGCCUGUGAAAACUUCAGGGACAAUACUGUAGAAAAGUGUCCUGGGCAGAAAAUAGCUGAGAAAAUUGUUGAAAAUUUCCCAUCUGCUGUAUUUAUUGUGGUUGACAACAAAAAAGUGAUGCAACAUCUGGAAACUCCUGCUAUUAAAAUACACAAAUAUUGUGAUGGAAAAUGGAAACUUAUAGAUACAAAUAAAUUGUUAUUCCAAACACCAUAUGUGUUAGAGACUGUUUCACACUUAUUACAAAGUGGAGUGCAAAGGGAUCUAGUUGAUUUUGACAACUAUCUUGAUGAUCUGUCACAGGAUUGGACAAAUCUAGGCAUUGAAAAAGUAAUAGCGAGCAUCAAUGCAUCAAACACUGUCGAUUGCAAAGAAAAGGAUUAUUGA